AUGGAGUGCAAGGCCGCUUUGAAGGUGCGGUGGACGGCUGAGGAGGUGACCAUGUUGGUCGAGGAGUGGGCAAAAGUGUGCUCCACCCCCGGCACCAAGGCACUGGCCGGUGAGCGGCGCAGCAAGGCCAUCUUCGACCGCUACAACAGCCGCUGCAUCCGCACGGGCCAGCUCCGGCGCUCUCCUGCCGCGGUGGACACUCAACGUAACCGGAUGGUGCACUUCGCCAGGUUCGUGUCUGACUUCGACCGUAGUGAGCAGACCCAAGGAGGGCGUCUGUGGUUUGAGCUGUCCUGCGAAGAGCAGCUCAAGGUCGACAUCCCGAUGGAGUGGAGGCGCCAGAUCACGACGUUCACGCCCGAGUCGUUCACUGUGUUCAAGGACACCGUUCUGCCCAUGGAAGCGCAAUUUGGCGGCUUCUUGAAGCGUACGAGAAGAGUCCCAAAGAGUGACAAGCCGCGCGUGAAAGUCCGUACCAAGCGCCAACGGUGCUGGUCGACGCAGGAUGAGGUUCUACUGGCGGAGAAGUGGGGACAGUUCCUGACGCGUCACGGGCUUAUGCUGGCGGAGUUCAUGAAGAUGGAGUACGACAGUCGAACGUACAGGCGUCUCGCGUGUCCCGGUCGAUCGACCUUAACUUCGUGGAAGAAACUUCACGCGCUUGUGGCCUCUUGGGAGUUCAUCAGCGCGUUUAACGCGCAGAACCAGCCUGGGUGGUUCGAGCUGGACGACGACGAGCAAGACUUCCUGCUGAUGUGGGGGGAGUUGCCAGACAACUUCGAGGCGCUGGAGCAGGAAGUGUUCGACGCGAUGGAGCAGGCCGCGCCGAAGUACUGGGGAGAGGUGAAGGUGGAGCCCAAGCUGAAGAACGAAUCCGAACUCGUCGCCCCUUUGUCGCCCAAAGCCAUCUCAACACCACUCCAAGACGGUCUGAUACCGCCCAACCUCGUGCAGUUGGCUCUACUGUGCCCGGCGAACGUUGGGAUCGGAGCGGAUGCGUCUGCCACUUCCGACACUGCGCUUGAUCAGUUGUUGCUAGAAGACGACGACUUGGACGGCGAAUUCGAGGUGCUACAGCCAGCAGCGGUGGCUGUUCUGCCUUCCAUGAACUAUGCAGCCUUGACACCCGAUACGCGUUUGAUACCGAGUAUCCAGGCAAGCGAUAGCAUUGAAGACGAAGGUGCGCCUAAAAUGCAGCCGGUUGAUCUGGAGCCGGCGGAGGUGACGCCUUGCACUAAUGUAAGCGGUUCCCUUCUGUCGGCCGUGGAAAAACACAGGAAGGACGUACAGGAGGGGUUUCAUCGCCUGUUAAACGUGUUGGAGCAAGAAGACGAACGCACUCUAGAAUGCAUCCGAACCAUGCAACUUGAUCACCGCGCGUGGACCAACAGAGCAGGUCUGCUCAAGCACAUGGAGCUAGUCAUGAGCCAGCAGAGCAACCGCUUGAUGUCGGCGCUUCGCAACGCAGAUGAGGUCUGCAGUCAGAAUGGAGCUGAAGUCCGCUCAUUGAUGCAAGGGCUGCUGGGUGCUGGACUGGAUCCACCGCGCAAUGGCUCGACUGGACCGGAUGUUGUGGCGCGCGUGGAUCCAAGCGAUGUUGUGCUGCACUGA